AUGAGGGUCAAAGUUUCCACCGCUUUUGUGAGCCUGGCAACGACAGCAAAUAGAAGAUCAGCGAUAUUGCGCGCCUCUUCUACAUUUUCCCGAGAUGAAACUGCGUUCAAGCCCUUCUUUCGAUUAUACUACAAUGAUGUCUACGAGGUCAACCUUCCUCCCAGACACCGGUUUCCAAUGAAGAAAUAUGCCCAAGUGAGGCACAAACUACAGGGAUUGAUAAACGAGUUGAGUGAAGAACAACAGAAUCUGAUUGAUUGUGAAUUUUGUGUGUCCCCUUUGGCCACCUUUGACGAGCUUGCUACAACACAUUCUAUGGAAUACAUCAAUCGAUUUCUGACGGGGGAUCAGACAAAAGAAGAACAAAGGAAUGUUGGUUUUCCCUGGUCCCAACAAGGAGUGGAUCGGGCAACCAGUUCGGUCGGUGGGACUCUGGCGGCAGCCCGUGAUGUUUGUCAACUCUGGCAAGAUCAACAGCAUCUAACCGACAGACCUGCACCUUGGGCAGCGCACGUUGCAGGAGGAACCCAUCACGCAUUUUAUGAUCGAGGGGAAGGGUUUUCUGUCUUUUCUGACAUGGCCGUGGCUGCCAAUGUGAUAUUGCGAGAAUACCCUAGUACCAUUCGAAAGGUCCUCAUGGUGGACUUGGACGUUCAUCAAGGCAAUGGAAACGCUGUGCUCUUCGAAAAGGAUCCAAACGUUUUUACAUUUUCGUUACAUUGCGUGGGAAACUACUUUUCCAAGAAGGAAGACUCGGACUUGGACAUUGAGCUGCCAAUUGAAUGCAACGAUCAGACCUACUUGAUGACGCUCAAUCAUUGGCUGAAUCAAAUCUACAACGAAAACAAAAAGUCAGAUGAAAAGUUUGAUUUGAUAUUCUUUCAAUCAGGAGUAGACGUGUUGGAGGUGGACCGACUUGGGCGGAUGAGUUUGUCGCAGGAAGCAGUGAGUCGACGCAACAACUUGAUGUACGAGUUCUCACAUAAAAUGAAAGUUCCUCUGGUAAUCUGUAUGGGGGGAGGUUAUCCUCGAGCAGAUGAUUGGGCACCGAUUAUUGAGGCUCAUGCCAACGUGUACUUUCAAGCCCAUCAAUAUCUUUCGAAACUUCAAUCAUCACAGUAA